UAGCCCGUAGCAACCUUUAAAAAAAGAGGGGAAAGAGAGAGGAGUGGGAAAGGAUCAGAGGAAUUAAAAGUGCAGAAGUAACCCCGUCGGAUCACACAAGCUCAGCCGGACACUGACUUUCGACGCGGCCGGGUGUGCAAGUUGCUUGCCUCUCUCUCCCCAUUCAUUGGCAAGGGACUGGCCGAGUUGCAAGCUCCGCUCCUGCCGCCAGCCGGGAUUGGUUGGAUUCCCGAUCACGCUGCGCCAAACUUUCCCAACUUUUAAAAAACUUUCGCUUCCCUCCGUGUUGUGCUCUUUUUGCAUGGUCUUCGCAGCCGACGAGGGAGCUGCUACUCGCGCGCUUUCUGCUGCCUGAGAAGAGGAGAAGGAGGAGGAAAACUUCCCCGCGGACGCCGAAAGGCCCUGGCAGUGGCAGCCACAAGGACAAAAGUCUGCAGCCGCCUGCAAAACCCCUUCUUCCUCCUGCUCGCUCUUCCGACGUGAGCAGGCAGCGAUCAGCCCCAGCCUCGGCGCCCGGAUUCCCCUGCUGCUCCCGGCCCAGCGCGACCCCCGAGCGGCGAGAAGGAGACGCAGCUGGGAAAGGCGAUACCCCUGCCUGCCAUGCAGAACUACAAGUACGACAAGGCGAUGGCUCCCGAGAGCAAGAACGGCGGCAGCCCUGCCUUGAAUAACAACCCCAGCAAAAGCCCCAGCAAGAAAGCUUUGCUCAUUUGCCUCGACCUCUUCUGCCUCUUCAUGGCUGGCCUGCCAUUUCUGAUAAUCGAAACAAGCACAAUCCCACCCUAUAAGCGGGGAUUUUACUGUAAUGAUGAAAGCAUUCGCUACCCUCUGAAAAGUGGAGAGACCAUCAACGAUGCUGUCCUUUGUGCUGCAGGCAUUCUUAUAGCCAUACUUGCUAUCAUAAUAGGAGAGUUUUAUCGGAUCCAUUGUUUAAAGGAAACAUCCCGAUCCUUCAUCCAGAACCCCUAUGUGGCAGCUCUGUACAAGCAAGUGGGUUGCUUUGCCUUUGGAUGUGCCAUCAGCCAGUCUUUCACAGACAUCGCCAAAGUGUCUGUUGGACGUUUGAGGCCCAAUUUUAUUGCGGUUUGCCGGCCGAAUUUUACACUAAUCAACUGCUCUCAGGGUUAUAUCCAAGAGUACCAGUGCUUUAAUGAUGACGAAAGCAAAGUUCAGGAAGCCAGGAAAUCAUUCUUUUCUGGACAUGCUUCCUUCUCCCUCUAUACCAUGCUUUAUUUGGUGCUGUACCUGCAAGCCAGGUUCACUUGGAGAGGAGCCCGUCUGCUGCGUCCCCUGCUGCAGUUCACACUGAUUAUGAUGGCCUUUUACACAGGGCUUUCUCGUGUGUCUGACCACAAACAUCAUCCAACAGACGUCUUGGCUGGUUUCGUACAAGGGGCCCUGGUGGCUUACUGCAUAGUGUUCUAUGUCUCAGACCUCUUCAAGGAGAAAACAAAGAUUUCUCUGCCCCCACCUCCAAUCCGGAAGGAGUUACUUUCACCUGUGGAUAUCCUUGAUCGGAACAAUCAUCACAACAUGGUGUAGACAUUUGACAAUUUUUUUUUGUUUUUGUUUUGUUUUUGCAAAAUGACUGCUGACAGCAACUACCUGCUGCUCUCAAUCUCAUCAGACAGUAGAAUGUAGGGAGAGACUCUUGCCUGACCAAUGAGGUCUGACUCUGUGGCCUUUUUUACACUCACAACAUUUGCAUAAAAUGGGUGUUGUUCAAGUAAGUCAAAGGCAACAAUUACGAAAUAAAUCAAAACACGAUGCAGGAAUUCUAAAUGUGCAAUUGGCUGAGUGUUCAUGUUGUAGUGAAUGCUGAAUUGUUCAUAGCUUAAUGAACACUAAAUGAUUUCUAGGAAACUGGCCAUCUCUGCUUCUGCUUCUUUUAUUUGCCAUGACAGUUUUCAAUUCCUAUUAAGUGAGAGAGGGGAGAGAAAAAUCCUUGCCAACUAGAUUAUAGCACUAUCUAUGAAAAAUAAGCACUGAUUCAUGAUUUGUGAUCACUUUCUAAGUGUAACCUCUUAUUUUAUUGGUUUUCUUUAUCUCCAUUCCAAUUCGGAACUUACUUUUGGUUUCGGAGAUGUAUACCCAGUAAAAUGUUAGAAAAGUGCCUAUUUCCACUACACAAUUCUAUAAGACAGUAUUUUUCUAUUUCCAGUUAGGUGUAGAAUCCACUUUCUAAAUGCAACCCAGCCUGCUUCACCAGUAUCCCUGGUUGUAAAGAGUCAUUCCAUAUUUGUUUUCACCUAUCCCUCACUUUCUGUAUGACAUUCUCCAUGUUCACAAUUAUUAUCAUCACUAAUACUUUGGAGAGCAGGUUGGAGGUGCAAAUAAGGGACAACACAAGAAAUAUGGGACCCAUGCCUCUAAUAUCUAAUGUCAACAGUACUGUAUGAAUUGUCCAGCCUGCAUAGUAUUAUGCUUGGUGGCCUAGUUUUUUUAAUUAAAAAAAAAUCCCCUUUUACCAUUGACUCAAAUAACAAAAGUAUUUUCUGAACAUACGGAUACCUUGUUUGUGGUCAGCCUUGUUGAUCUAUGUUAGCACUAUUGGCUCUGGGGUUGAGACUCAGAACGCAACUCCUCCAGCUAUCGGGCGGACUGCUGGGCGGGACCGUCUUAGCCUGAUGUUCAGUCAAAUCCCUUUUGUAAUUCCCAUGGCUUGAAAAGGGAUCAUUUUCGACUAUUCAUUACAGACUAGGCUAAAUGCUGCUCUCAGCAACACCAAGGGCACGCGAAUAAAGUAAACCGGAAGAGACCCGCUUCUAGGCUUUCAGGUGCAAUUCCAAAAGACAGUUCUUAAAAACCUUAAAAGGACUGAACUGCUGAUGCUAACCAGGGCAGACUGACCUUUGCACAUCUUUGCCAUGCAAACUCCGUCCUAUCAUUUCAAUUCUAGCAAGCUAUGAUUUUUUUUUAUAAAUAUAAAUAUAUAUAAAUAUAUAUAAAUAUUAUAUAAAUAAUGUAUAAAACAUUAAAAAUUAACUAUGUAAAAUAUUAUUUCUGAAACAAUUUUAGAUAUAUCCACUAUGAUCAUAAACUGUGUUUUGACCUGUGUUAUUUACAUGUUGCUGCUUAAAACAAAAAGCAUUGACUUAAUUUUUUAUAGUCGACUAAAAUAUUGUAGUUCUGUGGUAGCAAUAUUUUAAUGAAAGUAACAACUAAAGACAAUUGUAUAAAAACCAUAUUAAAUUGUCUGUAUUUUUGUAAUGUUUCUUUUUUUGUAAAAAGAGGAAUAUGCAAGACUUUUUGUAGAGUACAAAAUUAAAGUUUGUAUUUGCAAAAGAAAAAAAACACAAAAAAAUGCUGUAUAAAUGUGCUUUAUAAAUAAAUGUUUCAGGCGCAAAUUAAUAAUGCUGUGCACCCAUA